AUGAAAGCAUACGUUAUUGAUCUGCUACUGAAAGAUACAGAAAAAGUUAGUUGGAAAAAAGGCCUAUCGUCUUACUUGAAGAAAACUUAUGGCUCUCAUCAAUGGUCGAGGUUUUAUGAUGAAAAAUUAGCCUCAAAGUUAGAUCAUCUUAGGGAUAAUGCCAAUGGAGAGUUAUCUCCGGAAUCGCAUUUGGACCAGAAUUUAAUGUAUUACGCUUACUUGGAACAAUUGUACCUUCGUUUGGGUAAUAAGAGUCCACAAUUUAAAAUGGAUUUUACGUGGUAUGAGGCUGAAUAUUCGACAGUUGCUGAAAUUUCGGAAGAUGGUGGAUCAUCAGUCAAAUACACACAGAGUAAUUUAGCUUUCGAGAAGGCCUGCACCUUGUAUAACAUAGCGGCUAUUCUAGUGAAAGCUUCCAAAGAACAUAUCAAUGAUGCUGAUUCGAAGGAUUCAAUUAAGUAUAUGACACAGGCUAUGUCAUGUUUUCAUUACAUAUCAGAGAAUUUUUUGAAUCCCCCAUCUAGAGAUUUACAAACAGAAAAUACCAAAUUUUUAAAAGACUUGGCCCAUGCUCAGGCACAAGAAAUGUUUGUAUUUAAAUUAGUCAAUAAUAAUGAUAUUAAUGAGAAUAAGCAAGCUUCUCUGAUUAGUAAAUUGGCAAGUUCAACAGCUAACUUAUAUACAAGAUGUCACGAUUUCCUAGGAAACCCUGGAGAAGAAAAAUCAAAAACUUAUGGUGAUCCAAUAUGGAGAAAUAUUAUAACGGGGAAAUGGAGAUUAUUUAGAUCCAUUACAGCAUUUAACCAUGCUAUGUUCUUGGAACAAACAAGUAAAUAUGGACAAGCCAUCGCAUAUUUGGAAUUAGCCUCUAAGGAAAUUCAUGAAUCUAUUCAUUUUAGGCAUCAUUUAAAUGAGUUUAUUGAUUUUGAUUCCUUUGAAAGUUUAAUUGUUAAGAAAAAACAACAAUUGAAUAAAGACAAUGAUUAUAUUUACCAUGAUAUAAUUCCAUCGUCAACUGUUUCUUUGGACACUAUAAAGCCAAUGGAUGCUAUUAAAUUAGAAAAUUGGUUAGAGACUAUGUUAAAGUCUUUUAUGGAUAAGAUCCAAGGAAAAGCAGAUAUUCUAUUCAAGGGUAUUAUACCAAUGGAUAUUUUUGAAAAAGAUAGUAUCUAUUCUGAGACAAAAAAUCUUACAUUAUUGAGAAAAGAACUAGAUAACUCUCAAGUUGCAGAUCUAGAAUAUACUUCAUUUAUGGACUUUACAAGUUUACAUACUUUAUUGCCAAAACUAGAAUCCAUGUAUAAGAAUUCAAAUUCAAAUUCUCAAUUCGAAAAUCCAAAAUGGGAAAUCUUAAAAAAUAAGGUUAGUUUAAUUCUUGACACUUUUAAUAAUAAAAAUUUUAAAGAUAUUCCAAAUCAAAUCAAUAUGGUGAUUAAUAAGCGUAAAGAGAUUCAAGAAUUGCUGCCACUUAUUCCCAAGGAUCAAAUGGCAAAUAUCGUUAAAUUAAAAUCCUCCUUAUUAGAGGCUUCGAAUUCGGAUGAAAAAUUAUUUGCAUUAAUUAAUACACAAAAUGAUAAUUUAAGAUUAUUGAUGGAUAAUGAUAAAGUUUGGUUAAACUUUAAUAAAUUGUUACCGGCAGAAAACUUAUCUCCAAGCUUGAUUGAUAUGGAUGAUGACAAACAAAAUCAAAUAUUAAAUGAUUUAAGCAAUGUUAAACAGAUGGCAGAAGAUUUAAAAUUAUUAAAAGACGAAAGAGAAAGAAUUAUAUUAGAAUUAAAAGAUGAAGUUGCCAAAGAUGAUAUUACUAGAACCUUAAUUGUUAAUCUUGAAAAAAAUGAAUCUGAAUUAAAUGAACUUUUCGAAAAUGAAUUGGAGAAAUUUACUCCUCUAACCACUAGAAUUGAAACAACGAUUUUUAAACAGAAUUCAAAUAUUAAUGACAUUAAAUUAAAAUUGGAUCAAAUAUUUAAAGUUUCUGGAUUUAACGAUCAUUCAAAAGAAGAUGAUCAAAAGAUCAAAGAAUGUGAAAAUUUUGUUACAAACUUGGAAAUUUCUAUGAAAAAUUUUGAAAUUUUUCAAAUUGAUUUACCAAAGGGUUUGAAUUUUUAUGAAUCAUUAUUAAAAAUAACCAAAGAUUUGCUAAAUGUAACAAGUUCAGCAAACAACAGCACCUCACCAUCAAACCCAAACUCAGCUUUAUCUUCACCAUUACUCCCAGCCAAACCUUCAUUGGUUCCGCCUGCAUUACCUCCUCAGCCUAGUAAUUUAUCUUCGAGUUUUAGUAAUAUGACUAUUACUUCCCCACCACUUCAGCAAUCGACGUUUAAUUCUCCUAAUGUGACUAUGACUCCACAGCAUUAUCCUAUUAAUACACAGUAUCAAACACAACCUCAGAUUCCUGUUCCUCAACCUCAGUCUCAAACACAAACUCAAUUACCACCUGCUUAUACACCAAUGGCACCAAUGCCAGGUGCCUUUGCACAACCUACUAUUGCACCACAAACACAAAUGCCAAUAGCUCCAUCUGCUAUUCCCACUCCAAUGCCGUACUCCAACAUUCCACCAAAGCCACCAAAGAAUGCUGAUCCGAUGGUUUUUAAGAAAGAGAAUGAACGGGAGAUGAAAAAUUUACAAAGAAAUCCUACAGACUUUUAUAAUAAACCUUCUGUUUUUGAUGAAGAUCUGUAUUCGAAAUUUAGUAAAUGA